GUCUGUCUCUUCUUAUGUAAGUCACACCUUCUUUUAGAUUUCAUCUCUCUCUCUCCCUCUCUCUCUCUCCAUUUUCCUUGUAAAGAUUGGUGCCAGCAGGCAGCAGAUCCAAUCUCCAAUUUUUAUGCAAUGUUUUUGGCUUCAAGAAGAUCUAACCCUUUUUCAUGCCUUUUCAACACCACCCAUUUUGUUGUUUGAGCUCUCUGUGACUCUCUGCUCUGUUCAAUGGAUCGUGGGCUUCUUUUAAUUGCUGUUCUUUGUGCUUAUCAGUUGUUCAAUGAGUAAAUUCUUGGUGGGUUUUUGAAGAGGAGUUUCCUAGAGGGUUUGUGUUUUUUAGAUUACUCUAUCUCUCAAAUUCCUUUUGUGAUAUUAAAUUCUUACAUCAGAUCUAGCUUGGGGGCUUAUUACUCAAAUGUGCUGUAAGGUACUGUUGCAAGUAUGCAGUGUACAAGCUUCCCUUCACGAUUGUACUCCAGUAGAGAUCUUAAUAUGGGUGCUAAUGGCAGUGCAUGGCCCGUAUAUAAUCAUGAGAAAACCUUAAUAAGUGGGCAUUCAUACAAUGUUUUUUUGCCAAUGCUGACUAAAGACCAACUUUUAGUCCAUGACAAGGAAAUAUUGAGGCAGACAAUGCUCAAGCAUGAGUCCAUAUUCAGAGAUCAGGUCCGAGAACUCCACCACCUGUAUAGAAGACAAAGGGAAUUAAUGGAUGAAAUUAAAAGGAGAGAACUAUCUAAGCAAAACAUACAAUUGCAGACAUCUCAGUCCAUUUCUUUUUCACCUAAAGUCUCAUCCAAGUCUGUUCAGAAAUCGUGGCAAGUCUCCAGCUCACCCUGGGUAAACCCUGCCGCUACUAGAUUAUCUAUUUCAAGUGCUGAAAAUAUCCAAUCAAUUUCGAUCUUUUCUUUAUGGGAGAGCACACAAGCAAGUCCCAAUACUGCCCAAACUGAAGCCAAUUUAAAAGACUGCAAGUUGUCGCAUUCCAAAUCUGAGAAGCCUAAAAGGAAAAUGCUAGACCUUGAACUUCCAGCUGAUGAGUACAUUGAUAGUGAAGAAGACGAGGAUCGGUUAGGAGAGGAAAAGGUUUCUAAAUUGCCUGAGUUGCCUUGUUAUCCACCAAAGAGAAUGCCAGAGGUUUCUAGGAGAACUACUGAUUUGGCUGACUUGAAUGAACCCAUCUGGCUUGACGAUGCAAUGGCUUCGAAUACUGAAAACAAUUUUCUAGGCUCAGAAGCCUACCACAAGGGAAUACCAUUCCAGGAUCAUGAACUGUCGGGAAAGUCAAACUCAGGUUUCCAACAAUUUUCCAAGGAAAUUUCUGGACAAAGUAUGAGCAACUUGAAUCCUCAAGCUCAAGUUUUUUCUUCAGCAAAGUUACCCGUUCCAUUUAAACAGUUAAAAGUUGAACUUCCAGCUGAAUUCCCCGAGUUCAAUCUAUUAGAUGAGUGUGAAAGGAAAUUGCAAAAUCAAAAAACAGAUUCUGUUAGAGAAACCUCAAAGCGAAAUCAUGACCUCUGCAAUGAUGAUUAUCAACAACUGGCCAGUUCUAGCCUACCCAUCUCAUACCAACCCAUUCCUCAGUCUGGUUUGGCAAAAUCUGAGCCAUGCUCAGUUUCAUCUCAGAGAAAACUCACACGUAACAUAAGGCAGAAUCCUAUAGCAGUUCAAGCCCUCCCGUGCUUUAACAUUGCUGUGCCAUCGAAUAGGAAUACUAAAUCAUUGAGACUCAAUCAUUCAAGUGGUAGGGAUGUGAAAUGUGCAAAGACUAUGAACUUGAAUAUUCCUCCUAGCUGUUUGCUAGACUCGGAAGUCACUCAACAAAGCAUUGCAACUGGAGAUGGAGUAAAGAAGCCUGAAGAUUCACGAGCAGUAUUGCCCGGGCCUAGUGAAAAGCCAGAUUACAAUAACAAACACAAGGAGGAGAGAGGAGAUUUACCUCUGGCAGAUUUAGUCUUUUCGCAAGCUUUUUCAACAUCUGUUUGUGAUGCUGAUGAGCCAAUGAAGUUUACGACUAGUGACUCCCCAGGUGAUGAAAAGGACUGUAAAAGUAAUCAGAAAGUUGAAAUACAUGACAUCAACUCGGGAAAACAAUGUACUACAGAUAAUGUAUCUGAAGAUAUUAUAGUUGAUAGCAAACUUUUAGGGAUUGGAAAUCAAAUUGACUUGAACUUAUUCGUAAAUGAAGAUGAGUCUUCACCAGAACUCUCCAUUCCGAGUGUCAUCACCACGGCAACGGUGGAAAUAGAUUUGGAAGCACCUGGUAGUCCAGAAAACAAGGAGUGCUCGCCACCCAGAGGAGAAUCAGAGGAAAACCAACUUGAGACACCUAUCAAGUUGUCAAAACAAGAUAGGGACCAAAAAGAUGAACUUAUCAGGAUGGCAGCCAAGGCUAUAGUGUUGAUUUCGACGCAUGGGCCACAAAAACUGUUUCCAGAAAACACUUCUUGUAGCGAUUCCUUGCAUUGGUUUGCCGGGAUAGUUUCUUCUUUGGCUGAUGACCUUGAGAACGUGGGUAGAGUGGUUUUAAGUGGCGAGGAUGGUGGUGAACAUCACGAGUUUUUGUCUGAUGGGAGUGAUUACUUUGAAACCAUGACAAUUGAGCUUAAUGAGACGAAUUGGUGUAAGCGAAAUGAUCAGAAGGAGAAAUGUGAAGGAGAAAUGGGAAGGAGAAAUGCAAGUUCAAGAGCAAGGAGGCAGGCCGGUAAUUCUUUUUGCCAUGGGAUGGAAAAAACAGUAAGCUUGAAAAGUUGGGGAAAGAAAAAUAGGCGGCGAAGGGGACCAAGAAUUCCAGCUAGUAAUGCUCGGGUAUUGUUAAGCUAAGCAAAUUAGCGAGCGAUUUAGGGGAGAUAGAUUUUUGGUUUGGUGGACUCUGUGAAAUCAUUUCAUGUGUGCAUAAAAGGGUACAGUAAACCUAUAGAAAAUUUUCAUAAAUAUUAUUUUAAACAUGUUUUUAGAGUUAUGAGUUUGUAAAAAAGAGACAAAAUG